AUGUCCGAAACUGCCCUUUUCAACUCACUAGGUAAAGGUGUACUUGAGAUUGCCAAGCUUUUCAAUAUCGAAGGAUGGGUCGCCAUAGUUACUGGAGGAGGAACGGGUCUAGGUCUGAUCACUGCUACUGCCCUUGCUGAGAAUGGCGCCAAGGUAUAUAUAACUGGUAGAAGGGAAGAACCGUUAAGAGCGGCUGUGGAGGGAUAUGAGAAGAUGGGUAACAAAGGGAAAGGGUCUAUCGUAGCUAUAAGGGCUGAUGUCAGUACCAAGGAAGGGAUCCAGAGGUUUAUGGAAGAGGUGAAAUCUAAAGAAAAAUGGAUCAAUGUCUUAAUCAACAAUCAUGGUAUCUUUCCUGGAGCUACGGAUAUCAACGCAUGUGAACAGACAGCCGAAGGAUUGUCCAAGCAGAUGUUCGAAGGGGAGACUUUUGAGACUUGGGGCGAUGUAUGGCGAAUCAACACUGCUUCGUAUCAUUUCACUACAUUCGCUUUCCUCCCAUUAUUGGCAGCUGCCAAGACCCUGGGGGGAUUUCCUGAGCCUGGAAAUGUAGUUAAUCUAUCUUCUAUGUCCGGUAUCACCAAAACUUCCCAGAGAGGACAGUUCCAUUACAAUUGCGGAAAAGCCGCCACCAUCUCUUUGUCACAUCAGCAAGCUCUUGAAUUCGCAAGAAGAGGCUUAGGUAUCAGAGUUAAUGUGAUUUGUCCUGGAUACUUCCCUUCAGGAAUGACGAUCAUCCCAUCUGAAAACAACACUGGCUCAGACGAUCACGUGGAAGAGUUUACCAAGAAAUGGGGAAUCCCAUUUGGAAGACCGGGAAAUGCUGUGGAUUACGCUCAGACCAUCCUUAGUGUUAUAUCUAAUCAAUAUAUGACUGGUGGUGAGAUCGUCAUCGAUGGUGGCUGGUUAUUCAACUCUGGUACGUCGAGGUAA